AUGCGUCUAAUUUUCGGAAUCGACGGUUGUUUCCUCAAGUCGGACAUGAAAGGACAGCUCUUAGCAGCAGUUGGUAGAGACGCAAACAACCAGAUAUACCCUUUCGCAUGGGCAGUAGUUCAAGUGGAGAACACUGAGAGUUGGUUGUGGUUCAUUCGUCUCCUAAAAACCGAUUUGGGCUUAGGAAACGGUGAUAGUUUCACUGUAAUCUCGGAUAGACAAAAGGGAUUACUCAAUGCUGUCAAUGAAGAAUUACCAGAGAUUGAACACAGAAUGUGUGUGAGACACAUUUACGGUAAUAUGAAGAGGGCACAUCCGAAGAAGCCUCAGAUGAAAUCCAAGUUCUGGGCCGUGGUUCAUAGUUUCAAUGAAAGCGAUUUUAAGAUAAAUCUGGCAGAAAUGAAGAAAUAUGAUGUUGGUGUCUACGAGGCUUUCAUGAGUAGGAAUCCAAGAAACUGUAGUCGUGCUUUCUUUAAGACAACUUCGACUUGUGAGGAUGCACUCAACAACUUCUCUGAGUCUUACAACAGUACGCUGGAGAAAGCAAGAGCAAUGCCAUUGAUUCAAUGUUUGGAAACGAUGAGAAGACAAGCAAUGGUGAGGAUAGCGGCUAGGAGAAAGAAAAUUCAGAACUAUAAGCCAAAACACAGUAAGAAGGUUGCUCUUAUGAUAGCAGAAGAAGAGAAAAUAGUGAAAACGCUGAGGUCAAUACAUGGACGGACUGGAAUGUAUGAGGUGAUUGAGAAAGGUCAAGGACAUGCUGUUGAUAUGAAAAAAAGGACAUGCGAAUGUAGGAGAUGGGAUUUGACAGGGAUCCCUUGCCGCCACGCUUUGCGUGUUGUGUUUGAUAACCCGGACAAAUACAACAGAGAAGACUUGAUAGAUGAUUGUUACUUGAGUGCAAAGUGGCUGGAGCACUACCUUGACUCUAUUGGUCCAGUAAAUGGAAUGAAGUAUUGGAAAGAAAGUGGAGAAACAAUCCUUGAGGCGCCACCAAGAGAGGCAGAAAAGGGUCGGAAAAAGAAUCCUGAGAAAAGGAUAAAGGGGGUUAAUGAGUCACCAACUAAAGGGAAGAAAGUGACAAACCAUGGCCGAGACAUGAGUUGUUAUCGUUGUGGUCUAGAUGCACAUAACUCAAAAAAAUGUCCAAACUCAGGUGUUCCACCUAAAGCUAGGCCACCAAAGAAGAUCAAAACAGGUGAUCUUGACUCUCAGUCUCAAGUACCAAAAAAGAGAGGAAGAAAGCCACGUGAAUCCAAAAAGAGUAAGACAACAAACGAAUUUGCUGAGUCUCAGGAAAUUGCAGGUCCAAGUCAAUCAUCUCAGUCAUUUGCCGAAUGA